CUCUCUUGUCUCUCUCUCUCUCUCUCUCUGUCACACACACACACACACGCAGAAAUCAGUGACUCGCGCGCUCAAUGCAGUGUUCAGCGCGCGGAUUAGGGAUUAGGGAUUAGGGCGCGUGCGGCGGCAGGAUGAAAGCGACGGAACUUUAGAAGUAGAGGAUGGGGUGUGCACAGUGUAAGGAUAAGGAUGAGUCGAAGCUAGCAGAAGGUGGCAAUCCUUUGGCGUUCCAGAGUGGGUACAGUCACUUUGACUCCGCCCCUCAGCACAGCCCCGCCUUCGGAGCAACGUCCAUCCCCAACUACAACAACUUCACAACAUCGGGAGCUUCACUCACUGUGUUCGGGGGAGCCAACAUACACACACAAACACACACCGGAGUCCUGCACACACAACAAGCUGCAGGUGUCACUCUGUUCGUGGCUCUGUAUGAUUAUGAAGCUCGGGCUGAAGAUGAUCUCAGUUUUAUGAAAGAAGAGAAGUUUCAGAUCAUUAACAACACUGAGGGAGACUGGUGGGAAGUGCACUCUCUCUCUACAGGAAGAAGCGGUUACAUUCCCAGCAAUUACGUCGCUCCAGUCGACUCCAUCCAGGCCGAGGAGUGGUAUUUCGGUAAACUCGGACGGAAGGAUGCAGAGAGGCAGCUCUUUUCUCCAGGAAACCAGCGAGGCUCGUACCUCAUCCGGGAGAGCGAGACGACGAAAGGUGCGUUCUCUCUCUCUAUCCGGGACUGGGACGAGGUUAAAGGUGACCAUGUGAAGCACUAUAAGAUCCGUAAGCUGGACAGUGGAGGUUAUUACAUCACCACGCGCUCGCAGUUCCAAACGCUACAGCAACUCGUCCAGCAUUAUUCAGAGCGUGCGGCAGGUCUGUGUUUCCGAUUGGUCGCCCCAUGUCACAAAGGGAUGCCCCGCCUCACAGACCUGUCAAUGAAAACCAAAGACGUGUGGGAGAUCCCGCGCGAGUCGCUGCAGCUCGUAAAGCGAUUGGGCAACGGCCAGUUCGGGGAGGUCUGGAUGGUGCAUGCAGAUGGUCUGUGCUAUCAUUUAACCGGAGUGUGUGUAAGCUACACACCAGAAACUGUGGGUCUUACGCACGACACCUGGGAAAUUGCUCGCGAGUCUCUGCAGCUGGACGUCAAGCUUGGAGCGGGAUGUUUUGCUGAUGUCUGGUGUGGAACGUGGAACGGUAACACCAAGGUGGCGGUGAAGACCCUGAAGCCGGGCACCAUGUCCCCCGAGUCGUUUCUGGAAGAAGCUCAGAUCAUGAAGAAUCUGCGUCAUGAUAAACUGGUGCAGCUCUACGCCGUCGUCUCCGAGGAGCCCAUCUACAUCGUCACGGAGUACAUGAGCAAAGGAAGUCUGCUGGAGUUCCUGAAGGACGGAGAAGGUCGCGCUCUGAAGUUACCCAACCUCGUCGAUAUGGCCGCUCAGGUAGCUGCAGGAAUGGCCUAUAUUGAGAGGAUGAACUACAUCCACAGAGACCUGCGCGCUGCCAACAUCCUGGUGGGAGAAAAUCUGGUGUGUAAAAUCGCCGACUUCGGACUCGCCAGACUCAUCGAGGACAACGAAUAUACCGCUCGCCAAGGUGCGAAGUUCCCCAUUAAGUGGACAGCUCCAGAGGCAGCGCUUUACGGAAAGUUCACCAUUAAAUCAGACGUCUGGUCCUUCGGCAUCCUGCUCACAGAACUGGUGACGAAGGGACGAGUACCGUAUCCAGGGAUGAACAACAGGGAGGUGCUGGAGCAGGUGGAGCGUGGCUACCGUAUGCAGUGUCCUCUGGACUGUCCGGUGUCUCUGUACGAGCUCAUGCAGCAGUGCUGGAAGCAGAACGCUGAGGAACGUCACACCUUUGAGUACCUGCAGGCGUUCCUCGAGGAUUACUUCACCGCCACCGAGCCGCAGUACCAACCCGGGGACAACUUAUGAUCCCGCCCACAGCGCCCCCUACAGCCUGGAGGCGGAGUCACAGCUUCCGUCAUCUCCUUUACACCUGCGUUUAUCUCCACCAGAGAAGAAGAAGAAGAAGCUCCAGACUGAAGCUUUCAAUCUAGACGCAGAUCUGAAGGAGGAGCUGUAGGGGGAGAGGGCGGGGUUAGUGAAGGGAAUUGUGGGUAAUUUAGGAAUUAUUGAGAGUCUUGUAAAUCUAAUGGAAGGUUUUUUUUAACCUUGUAGUUAUUAGUAAAGAGAAUUGUGGGUAAUUAUGUGGUUAAUAAUGUGAUUACUCUCUAGCGCCCUCUUCUGGUCUGGAGAUUAUUUACACAGUUUAACGUUUUUUAAACCACAUUUUCAGAAUCAGAUCUGAUGGGGGCUUUAGUGAGAGGAAUUGUGGGUAAUGAAAGUUCAAAUAGAGACAGGGAGAAGAGAAGGGGAUUGUGGGUAACUGUGCCUUUUUCAGUUUUUUUUGUGUAAUAAUUAUAGAUUUAACACAGUGCUGAAUACGAUGGAAGAUAAAACGCACAGCGAAAACAAAAACUAAAUCUCCUGCAGCUUUUCUACAGAUGCUGCCAAGUUUAUUUUUGGAAUUUAUUAUUUUUAUUUUUUUUUUAUGUUUUUAAUUAAUGCCCAAAGACCCAUUAUGCAAAGCUGCCUUUAUUGUCUUUGUCUUUGUUUACUGUUCAUGUUUUAUACCGAAUUUUAUGCUAAUGCUAACAACAAAAUAUAAGUUAAAAAUAAUAUAUGUUGCAUUUUUAGCCAAGUGUACGAGAUUACUUUUGAUUUUUAACAGAAGAAACGUCUGUUUUUAGUAUCUAGUGUUAUUUGACUUCCUCCUCUCAGGUGUUAAUGAUGUUAAUGAUCAUGUGACUAUAACGAGCGAUCAAAUCCUGUGAAACGAAACUCACACAAAGUGUUACGUUUUCAGUCUUCAUUGCCUUUUUCCUUUUUUCUCUCCUUCUUUGUGGUUUUAAUGUUUGUAAAUUAACCCGGGACAGAUUUAAUGAUGAAUUGUUUGGAUGGAGGAGUGCCACAGGGGGCGCUAUGGUGCCGUCGACUUCCCCUAACGACUACCCCGCACUUCUAAUUAGCUAGUGAGCUUAAUUACUGCUCUACUGACUAGCUGGAGGAUUAAAACCCAACCUGAACAAUCAAAUGAUCCACUUCUGAAAUAUCUUAUUGCUUAUGUUUACACUCUAAACAACUGUACAGCUCGCAGCAGUGCAUUCUGGGUAAUUAUCUACAGCGACGUUGACUAGAUGGCCAAGGGGACUUGAUGAAGGGAAAGUGAACAAGGGGACGUUAAACAUGAGCCUCAUUUAAAUCUGAUGUGUUUUUAUAUUACAGUUUGUUGCAUGUUCCUUUUUUUUAAAAAAUAAAUUUGCAAUUUUUAAAUAAAACAAAUAUUUUACACUCUUUUA